AUGAAAUUUAUAGACAUUAUACUUGUACUGUCUGUAUCAGCAGUUGCCAGUGCGUUAGUAGCUACGCCAAAUGCAGAAACUCGAUCGCAUCAGUUGUCAAAACGUAGUCCUGGUAAAGGCUGGGAAAAAUUGGUUGAAGACAACCCCAAUGAUGAUGACGCAAGCGAACCAGGACCAUCAAACGACGGCAAUAGUGUCGAAAGUAGACUGGCGGAUGCCAAACGUCAAAGGGAAGAUAUAUGCGAUAAAUAUCGGAAAUACAAGGAUGAUCUAAAUCAAGAUGCAUUGGAAUAUGGUUUUGUUGAUGACGUUCUAAGUAAUCAAUCGUCUACUGAACAGUAUGGUGAUGUCGACAGCGGCGAAUCAUUUAGAAGCAGAUAUAAAAAGAUGAAAAGGCUAAAACAAGAAUGCAAGAGUGCAAAGCGACAGGAAAAGGACCUAAGAAAAGAGUUUGAAGAGCAAUCUGGCACUGGAUGGAGGGGCAAACUCAAACGAUUAAAAAAGAUGCUUACCAAACACUAA